AUGCAACCCAAAAGUCAAAUCUCCUCUCACAACAAAAUGUGCAAUCACGCUGCCUGCUUGGGCACAUCUGCUACCCCAACUACACCGCUUCUCGAAAGACUCAGUAUCCAAGGCCUCGAACCGCAAUUCAUGACCUACGAAGCCCAGCGUAGAACUUACGACCUGGGAAAUAUCGACGUGCAAAAGGAAGAGAACUCUGUACCUAAGAUCGUAGUGAACCUUGUGAAAAAUUGCUGUGGGAUAGCGAAAGGAAUGGGAUUGUUAGUUGCAGCUAUAAAUGGGGUUUGGUGUUGGGGAGGUGAUAUGUCUAUCUCUGGGUUAAACCGGAAUGGUAGUGCACAAUGGAGAAUAUUAAUCGGAGUUGUUCAAUUCCCAGGUCAGUGCUUCGGACUGACAACACCGUACCUACUAAUUCAGGCCCUAGCACGCACAGGAUGUCGUGUAAAUGGACUUGGUGCCGAAGUCAACCUAGGACCUUCCAAGCGCCGAGUGCAGGGCAUACUCCCACCACACAGAUCGACAUCAAAGGACGCAUCAAUUGAGGUCGAAGCAAAAAAGCAGUUAGGAUUGUUUGGAAAGAACUCGUCUGUACUCUCAUCCUCGCGAUCAAAUCUUGCAAAGCAUUGCCAGAAAGUUCUACGCACCGCUCCAACAGAGUGGCUCGCUAAAGGCCUUCAAGUGCGACGACAGCAUUACCAAAUUCGAAAGAGCGGGCGUUUAGCCUCCCUACUGUUUCACCUAGCUCCAAUACCCGGAAAUACUAUUUCGCUUCCUCGCACCGCCUUUGGAUACGCUCUUUUCGCCAUGAACUCGGUUCCUCAUGACUUUGAACAUUCUAUCACAAGCAUUGUCUUCUCCCUUCCACUAGAGAGCUCUAAUACUGAGUCACGGUAUAAUGUAGAUAGUAGACUGCAGUACAAAACGCUCAAUAUAUUGGUAUUUACACCGAUCUUGACUCCACACUGA